UGCAAGUGCAUAGAGAUAAGAGACUCUUGUUGCUUUCUUAACCCUCCUUCCCCUCUUCUUCCUUCUUAUCCAUCUUCACUUUCUCGCUCUUCUUCUUCUUGAGAGAGAGAGAGAAUGGGGAAUUGCCAGGCUAUAGAUGCUGCAGCUCUAGUGAUACAGCAUCCUGAUGGGAGGAUAGAGAGGCUGUAUUGGCCCGUGAUGGCGAGCGAGGUCAUGAGGAACAACCCCGGCCACUACGUCUCCCUGAUAAUCCCGCUCCCGUCACCGACGUUUGAGGAAGAUAAAGGCGACCCGAAGGCCGUGCGAUUCACCCGCGUGAAGCUUCUCCGGCCAAGCGAAACUCUCGCUCUCGGUCAUGCCUAUCGGCUUAUUACUUCGCAAGAGGUGAUCAAAGUCCUGAGAUCCAAGAAGUACGCAAAGAUGAAGAAGCAGCAACAACAGCCGGAGAAAGUUGAGGAAUCAGAAUCCGAGGUGGGGGUAUCAGCACCUAGGGACACAAGUUGUCAGACAGGAGGAGGAGGAGGAGCAGGGAGCUCUGACCCACAAAAGACCAACCAGGAUGGUCGGUUGCGGAAACAUCAGAGCCAAAAACACCAGAAUAACAGGCUGGCAAACUCCGCCUUGGCGAAGUCGAAACUAUGGCGCCCGUCUCUUCAGAGCAUUUCCGAGGCGGGGAGCUGACCGCUGCUGAAGUUUACAUGCGCCAAGUUAUUGUGAAGAUAAAUAUCAUGUGCCAAAGUUUGUCUUAAGGGGUUUGCCAAGAAUUACUAAUUACUGUCGAACCUGGAGCUGCCAUUUCGAAACUUCGCCUUAUUAGUUGUUACCAGCCCUCUGUACAGUGAUAAGCACUACCAAUCAAAUAUGGUUCGAUGAAAUUCUUGAAUA